CCGAGGUCUAAUGCUGACGAUCUGAUCAUUUGGAAGGUCGAGAUCGAUUUGAAAAACCUGCCUCUCGACGCGCUCAAGGACGCUCUUAAGAAACUCGAACUUAACGAGAUGGAGUCGCUAUCACCUAUAGAUCAAAUGCUAGAGGUUUUUGACAGUGCUCCUCCGCAUAAGCAUCUGCAUAUCGUUGUCCAAGCUCAAGGGCCACCUACACCUGCCGGGUCUUCUGGACCGCUCCACCUCAACUGCAUUGUCUUGGGCGAUGACCAAAGCCGUAUUUUUGAGAUCAAGAUUGAACCGACAGAGAGUGUCAGCGCCCUCCAAAAGGUUAUCAAAGACGCGAAGAAGCAUGCCUUCCACGACGUAGAUGCCGACAGUCUCACGCUAUGGAAGGUCAACCUGCCUGUCAACGAGACGCUCAAAGACUGUCUUGACAAUCUUACACCAGAGCAAUUCUUAUCACCUGUGACUAAAUUGCUCAAAGUUUUUAAACAUCAACCCGACGAAGAACACCUGCAUAUCGUUGUCCAACCGCCGCAUACCGUUCCUGUGGUGCCAUACAUUCCAGUUGUUGAUCGACGAGUGGCUUAUCUCCAGAAGGGCGCAGAUACUCCGUCAGUUGGUGCAAGACCGGUCGCAUUCGCUGCAACGCAGGAGGAGCAGGAGUACCUUUGCAGUCGUCCUCGCAGCGCUGCGGACUCUCUUCCAGUUACUCUUCUCGAGCCUAUCUUCGCCGAAUUCGUGGAUGAUUGUCAAAAUUAUCAACCAACUGUUAACGAUAACGCCUUUGUCUGGCAACUUUUGGAAAAGAUGCCCUCCUUCUAUCCCGAUGAACUCACGCGGAUGAAAGUAUUCAGGCAACUGCUCCGCGAAUACGAUAUUAUACUCGAUGCCUCUAUGGUUCGCUCGACAAAAUGCAUAACAGACGGACAUCUUUUGUCCCGCGACGAAAAAUUUGUGCAAGUGAUAUUGGAGGGGAAGAAUGAGAUCGGAGGCGACGGUGCCAAACCAUUCGCGGAGGCAAUGUUGUACUACCGCAAGUUUAUGGAAAAAGAGAUGGGGAGGCUCCGGUCUGUCAUUCCAUGCAUCUAUGUCAUUGUGUUCGGCGCCUGCGUUGGCUUUGCUGGCUCUGUUUUCGCCGAAAAGGUCCAAUGUGAUGUCCUGGGCCCUAUCAUUCCUCUGUUUUGUCAUAAAACAGACAUCCCUAUGCAAGUGAUGGCGGCUCGUACUUUCGGAGCUCUGAAAAUCGCCACCGAGAAACUCACAAAGCUGUACUCUCAACCAAUUCCGCGCCUCGAAGCCGAAGAUAUAGGAUGUCCCUAUCCUCGGAGUUAUACCUGUUCAAGCGGUCAGAUUCAGGAAUUCUCGUAUGAUGAGACUCAGAUGUUCAGGGAUCGACUUAUCUUCUUCGGGGAAACGGUCGGCGAUGCGGCUAGGAAGAAGAUAUGUAUUAAGUUCGUCCGGUACUAUUGCCGUGAGGCCUACAACUUCUGUGCCAGCAAGGGACACGCUCCGGAACUUAUCGCCUACAAACCUUUAGCCGGCGGCUGGAAUAUGGUGAUUAUGGAUGCACUUGAUAUUGAUGAUGGUCGUUCCAUGCAACGGCCUGGCUUAUAUCGACCGCUGAGUGCGAUUUUGGACCGCCAGCCGCUGAAGGAGACCAUCACGUCUCUUAUCGAGGAGUUACAUAAACAAGGCUACGUUCAUGGCGAUGUUCGGGAUACGAAUUUGUUUGCGAGAGACAACGAAGACUUCAUGCUACUCGAUUUCGAUUGGGCUGGACCGAUCCAAGAGGCCCGUUAUCCCAUGUAUGUUGAUCGACAGGAUAUUCGACGUCCUGAUGGUGCGCGGGAUGGGGAGAAGAUUAUGGCGGAGCAUGACAUGGAUAUGCUGAAGUAUAUAUUUCGUACUGAGGAAGAUGGUCGGGAGACGGCUGCAAAGCGCCGCCGUAUUUCUACUACGGGGCGAUACAGCUUUUUGUGACUUCAUCUUUCUUGACUCGUACCACCAUGUACUACUCGCAACUUCUCUUCUACUCGACUCCACUCUCAUUUCGUCGCAUUCUUUAUUCACAUUCGUUAAUUUUCUAUACCAUAAGUGCCUAGAAUUAUAUAGGAUUCUUGUAGUGUUGCUGUCGAGGCGAGUUGAACUCGAUGUGAACUUGACUCGCUUCGAAAAUGACUAAAUUCGUUUCAACUCGAAGCUCAGAUUUGAAUCGAGUUGUAAUUCGUUUGGGUUCGAGAUUUAUAGGACCCUAAGGGUAUAUGGGUAUAGCUAAAUCAUCUAAGACUA